UACUUUUUCGACGACGGAAUCGAAAAGAAAAAACACAAGAAGCAGGCGAAGCAAAGCAUGCAAUUUAAUAAUGAAUUCUUGAAAUUGUUUUACGCAUGCCGAACAAGUUUGCUUAUGCAUUCGCGCGGUUAAAGCUGCAAUUUAAUUGUUUUAAGACAGUUUAAUUCGUGUCUCUGUUUACGUCCAAAUCGUUAAAAGUGCGUGGAAAAGUGUACGAAACCAAUACACGGAAAGUGGGACAACGGCAGCCGAGAGAGCUCGUUGCGCUUGUCUCCGCUGUUUGUAUGCGACUAUGUGUGCGUGCGUGUGUGUGACUACAGUCUUCUCAGCCCUGUUUUCCCUCGAGUGCUUUAAAAUUGUAUUUCUUGAUUAUUGUUGCCUCUACAAUAUUAAAUGAAACAAUAAAAAAAAGUGCCAAGGAAUGUCGCACGUUUGAGUAGGCCAAAUCAUAUAAAGCAGACAAAACCUAAAUAUGUCCACAAAUAAUUUAUGUCAAUGCAGAGAAGGCGAUUGAUUUCCUCUACUCCAUCUUCUUUUGUCUGACUGGCCGACGAUUUUGACGCAUGUUGCAGGCUGGCGACACCCGGCGGCAACAGGAUAAUUGGAUAUAGCAAUGAAUGAUUUACGUCACCAGCAGAUGGUAGCAGCGACAUCGUCAUCAGGAUCAGGCACAGGAACGGUCAUAGCAGUGGGAUCAUCUGGGCAAAUCAACUCCAGCGUAAAAAGUGCGACGAGCACCACGAGCGAGGAGGAGCAACGCGUGAGCUCCACAUCAUCGCCACAGCGGGAGCAUCAGCUGAAUGCCGAGCAGGAGCAGCAGCAGGAGCAGCAACAACAACAACAACAACAACAACAGCAACAACAGCAACAACAACAACAACAGCAACUGGGAGCAGAGGAGGUACUGCAACAACAGCAGCCGGGUCAUAUAACCAGCACUACAGCAUCGCCGCAGCGGCAGACGCCGACGCAGCGCGACGAUGCAAAAAGCCCUGCUGCAGGAACAGGAGCAUCAGCACUUGCAUCAGCAGCGAGCGGCGCCGCAGCCAUGGCUGCCACGGCAGUUGACGUGAAGGGCGACGAGGGGACCAGGGGUGGAAGCAGCCAAGGGCACAAGAUUAUCCUGAAGCUAUCCAAGCACUCACACACCGCUCCCGAUGAAUCUCAAUCCGUUGAAGACGAGAGACGAGUGAAACCAUUGCGUAUUCAUUUACCCAGCAGCAUCGGUGGGACGGGGGCCAAGCCGCAGGACGCGUCCGACGUGGAUGCCUCUUCUUGCUCCUCCUCCUGCGCCGAGGCGGAGGAAGAGCUGAGCAGUCUUAGCCAGCAUCGUCCAACCCCAAAUCCCCGAAGCACACCACACAUUGUGCCAAAACUCACAAUCCGGGCAGCCAAUGAGGAGCGUGUGGGCAGCGUUGUGCCUAAGCUGACCAUCAAAAUGCCUGAAAAUCCCGCUGCUUCCUUUGGCUCUGGGUCUGGUUCCGCCUCUGGCUCUGGCUCCUGCUCGACAGAUGGCAGGAUAUCCAACUGCCUUGGCCGCAGUCAGUCAACGACGCCAGCCAAGAGCGAGGCACAUCUGUCUAGCCUCUCGCCCGCCUCCGCCUCUUCCUCAUCAGCAUCGUCCUCUUCCUCAUCAUCUUCGUCGUCCUCCUCGCUGUCGAUGACAAUGGUGGAGAUGCAGACGGUCCCUAAGCUAAUGAUUAAGACCACCCUGGCCGGGAGCAGCUGCAUCAGCAGCAACAGCGAGCAGCAGCCGCAACAGAUACCAAAGUUAACCAUCAAGACGGGCGGCAGCGGCCUGGAGCACACGCACACGGUGAUCAUGACGCAUGACCUCAGCAACGCUCAGAGCAUACCCAAGCUCACAAUCAAAACCAAGUCUAUUGAUAUGGAGGACAGCUUCGAUGGAGGACAACCCCUGGCCAAGGCCGAGCAUCAGCACCAGCAGCAGCCCCUACCCAAGUUGACCAUUAAGAAUCUGUGCUCGCCGAAGCACAAAGUCCGGGCGGUGCUUGAGGAAAAGCCCCCUUCAGCUGCCUCCAAGCUGGCCACACACACGGCAACUCCAAUGCCCACGCCCAUUCCAAUUUCAAACGGCGGGGAAUCAAACAGCAGCAGCCAGGAGUUUUGUGGUUUCUCCGAUCCGGAUGGGGAGCAGAUGAUGGCGGACGAUAUGCGUCGAAACUCUGACGACAUGGACAUUGAUGAGUCCCUGUCAAAGGAGCACGAUCCCAAAAUGUUUCACAAUCUGCCGCCUCUGCAGCCGGCAGCCUGCAAUGGCCUGGCCAUUGAAAACAAACCCAAGAAGUACAAGACGGUUGCUUCCAAUCCACAUGCAAAUUCGAAUCUGCCACAGCAGCAGCACAAUGUUGUGGAUCUAGUUGAUCUUACAUCAUCGCCAUCGCCAGGCUCCUCGCCAGUGCAUGCAAGCAUCGAAUUCUCUGGUCGCAUCUCGCCUGGUCAGUCGAGUCAUAAUCUCCUCCUGCCUCUCCGUCUGCACAUGACUCCCGCAGACACAACACUCGGUCCCGGGUCGCCAAAUUCUAACAUUCUGCUAAACCAACUGACGGGCCCAGCGAAGACCCAGUUCUCCGCGGUCUCCUCCAAGGGUAAUAACUCCAGCAAGUAUCCCCAGUUGACUGAACGGCUUAUGGCGAACGGAGGAGGUGUGACGGUCGGAGCAUCAACAACAGCGGCAGUAGCUGAGGGUGGCGCUCAGCUUUCGGGCGGGGUUCCUACAGCGCGCUCAUCCAGCCCCUCGCGGUCUAUUAUUGAUUCUAUUGAGAUUCUGGACACUCCGGAAGGCAGUCCGCAUAUCACCUACAUGGAUCAUCCCCAAUUGCUCAACAAUCACCACGAUGGGAUCGAACAGGAGCGGCAGGAGGAACUGGAGGGACAGGAAGAGCUCGAGGAGUUGGACAACAACAAUGAGAAUCAUAUGAAGCGUAACAGCAGCGACGGCAGCGAAUCUCCCAGCAUCCCGCAAAGCAAGCAGAGACGAUUGGACAACGAUGAGAACGAUCAGCAAACGCAUAAUUGCCAUGAGCCUGGAAAGAAAUCUAGUUCCAUCGAGAUGGUGCAGAUGCAGACUCAGACAGGGCAGCCGUCUCACCGCUCCCGCAAGCAAAAGCACGAGAGAAUUCUCAACACAGACCUAGAGGAAGGCCUGUUUCCUCCAUCCGGGCCACCAGGUCCUGGCCUUGACUCUGGGUCUGGACCUUAUUCAGGCCAGCCCCCAUCGACAUCGUCAGAUAGAAUCCAAAAUGGAACUCUCUUCACCGAUUCUGGGGCCUCGGCGGAUGCCAACUCCUUGGAGUUGCAGUCAGAGCGGCAGCGAAGUCCGCCUGCCCCCGCAGAGGUGAUGACCACACCAGCGCCGACGGGCAAGCGACGUGGCAGACCCAAAAGGAAUCAAAAUUCAGAUCUGUCCGCGCUUCUGUUACCCUCGGCUCCAGCCCUUGCCACACCCAUCCAUGAUAGCCAUGAAAUUCAUGGAAGCCAGGAAACCAAGGUUAGUAGUGCGGUGAAGUCUCGCCGGGUGCAGCUGCUCCGCAAGCGGUUGGCCAUUGAUAUGGUAAGUAUGGGCCAGGAACAGCUGCCGGAGGCAGCAUCGAUCCCACUGAUGGACGAGCAAAAGGGCCAUCUGGGAGGAGUCGAUGAUUCGCCGAGCGCAUUGGGAAUGGUGAUUUGUCGCGAUCAUCGCCAGCUGAGAGCCACGAGGCGCACCCAAACUCCUAAUUCGAAGGUGCUGAAUCCUUCCCAGCCUACGCCCAAGACUACCAGGAAGCGUCAAAGCAAGGCCAACUCUAUCAAACUGUCGCUCCAGCAGCAACAGUCGGAGCGGCAGGAGCCGCCGCAGCCGUUUCCUCCCCCAACAAGCAGCUUGGACCAAUUUGGCGAGACGGAAUCCAACAACAACAACGACAGCAUGGCCUUUGCCCUGGCAGCUCAAAUUGAUCUGACCAUGUGCUCGUCCAGCUCGUCGACCUCGUCCGGGGUACCUGCCGCCAGUUGCCAAUUGGGAGGUGGCAACGGACACGGCAGUGGGAGCAGCUCAACCAUGUCCAUGUCCUCGAUGCUGCCGCCCACAACGAUCUUGUCGUCGUCGGAUCCUCUGCCGGAUGUGGUCUUCCAGCCCAACGACUUCUCGUCAAUUAUGGCCACGCAGCAGCUGCGCUCGCCACGCCCCUGCAGCAUCAGCGGCGGUAGUCAGCUGGACUCCCACGACGAGGACAACUAUACUAGCGCGCUGGGCAACUCUGGUGACGAAUCCGGCUCGAUAACGAUGCAAAUGCUUUCAAUGGCAGCUGCCGGCGGCGUUACUUCCACACGCGGACGCGGGCGGGGACGUGGUUCGAGAGGUGGUGGUGGCGCUGGUCGGAGCAGCCACAGUCGAUCCUCCUCAUCCAAUAGGGCUGGUGGUGGUAGCUCCGUCAAUGCCUCCUCCGCGGCGUCGGGCCAGCCGCGGGCGCCACGCAUGAGUCGGGGGGCCAGUGCCGUCGCCAAGGCCAUUGCCAUGAGUCGGCCCCGCUGCGUUGGUGGACUGAAGCACACACCUGACCCCGAGAGGCUUAAAGGCCUGUUUAGUCCGUCGCCCCAAGUUUUUGAGGAGGACACCCGCAUGAGCGCCGACCUUGGGAACAGCAUCCAAUCCAUGAUGGGGAGCCUAAUGGAACCGCCGCUGACACCGCAAAACAGGCAACCCGAUUUUCUCAACAACGAGGAGUCGCAGUCAUCGGUUUUAAGCAACGUGAGCAUGCUGGACUCGAAUCAGGGUCAAUCCGUUGACGCCAUACUUGGGUCGGCACUGAAACGUCCAAAGAAAAAGAAAAUGGAGAUUUGUGUAGCCGAAGACACGGACUUUAAUGCUUCUAGCAUUGCCGAGUACGAUUGGCCUCCACCAAAGGGCUGUUGCCCGUCCAAGAAUCGGGAUACUUUUAUGAUCCAGGAGCAGGUAGCCCUCUAUCUUGGGAUAACCAGCUUUAAGCGAAAGUACCCGGACCUGCCUCGCCGCGCGGUCGAUAUGGAGGAGCGCAACUGGCUGCAGGAGAAAGGAUUGGUCAGCGAGAAGAUGUGCGACCUGGGAAUCACCGCUGUGUGGGCCUCCGACAUACUGGAUAUAAUGUACGCAGACUUUUACGACAAGUACGAGGAUUACAAGGAGUAUAUCCGUCUCAAGCACUUGCGUGAAAUCGAGGCCAAGCAAAAGGCGCUCGGCCUCACAGUUGGCACUGUCCGUGGACUACAGGCCAGAGACAGAGCCAUGCUCUCCGCCAGCAAGUGGAAUGUUUACUUCAACAAGACACGCAAAGACGAGCGUCUGGCCUGCCUGGACCUGCAGACUUUUACGAUGAACCAGCCCCAGCUGCGAACAGCUCCCACGACAACCCGCCUACAUCGCUCAAUUGCAAGCGGGGUGCGGGCAGCAGCCGAGGCGGAGAAUAUUUUGCUGCCCCCAGAUCUGUUGUGUCCACGAGAUGAUCAUUACGAUGAAGCCUACUGUCAAUCGGACUAUGCGUAUCCGCUCCCCGUGGUGCCGGACCAGUUCUCAUUCGACUACCGCAAAUUAGAUUUCGUCGAACUGAGAUCCCACCCAUUGGAUACAGCACUGGAUAAGCCACAGUCACAGUCGCAGGCGGCAGGACUGGAAUUUCAGCUGCUUAAGCGCAUCAACGGCGUGACCUGCGCAAUUGCCGACAAAGUUGAUGUCUCGGCAUCCGAGGCUCAGCCUGCAUCCAAGCCAAAAGUGUCGGUUUCUGUUAGCCGCAGUCGCCGGUCUGCGCGGCAGCAGUCGGACAAGGUGCGAACGGCCAGCAACUCUAGCAUAUCCUCCUCCGCCUCCCUCUCAUCCUCCUUCAGCGACACCAGCAGCAGUGAUACAGAUAAUGACGAUGAGAGCGACUCCAGCAGCUCGAGUAGCUGCAUCUCAACAGCAGGCUCGAGUGCUGCGGCCAGCGACGAUGAACGAAAUGAAUCAGCGCGUUCCCGGCUAUCGAAUUGCGGCGUGUGCCUGCGUAAUCAGCACCGUAAUGCCAGGGAGAUGCCCGAAUUUUUCAUACGCUGCUACAGUUGUCGACGGCGUGUCCAUCCUAGUUGCAUUGAUAUGCCACAACGUAUGGUGGGCCGCGUGAGAAACUACAACUGGCAGUGUGCCGGGUGCAAGUGCUGCGUCAAGUGCAAGAGCAGCCAGCGGCCCGGCAAGAUGCUCUACUGCGAACAGUGCGACCGAGGCUAUCACAUCUACUGCCUCGGCCUCAAGACGGUGCCAGAUGGGCGAUGGAGCUGUGAACGCUGUUGUAUCUGCAUGCAAUGUGGCGCCAUCAAGCCCGAAGGCCUGCCCCAGGUAUGUGAAUUGGCUUCUCCCGGUGAAGCCGUUGCCGGGGCAGAGGCGACUAAGGCCUCUCCUCGUAACAAAAAGAUGAAGUGGAUACACGAAUAUCGCAUCGACCACAUUACAAAGCUACGGGAGCAUGCUGCCAUGUUCUGUGUGCCGUGUGCGAGGAAGCCGGCCAAGCGACACGCUGCACAGGGAGUAACAGCAGUUGAUUCAGCAGUCUCGAUCACUGUCCCAGUAAUAGCAAGUCCGGGUUUAAGCCCAAGGACCAAUGGAAGCCAAGCCCCAUAUCCAUCGCCAGUGGCUGCACCGAGUCCCAAACUCCCUGUAGUGGUUAGUGCAUUGGUAACCACUACUCACGAGGAGGAGGCGGCAACGAAAACAACCACAACAAUGACAAUGACAGAAAGGCGACAGCAGCCGCAUGGAGCAACUUCCAGUAUCACCAUGAUGGAGUGCAGCAGCUUCAACCGGAACGGAGUCAAUGAAGAUUCAGGAAUCACCAGCGCAGCUACUGCAACCGCCACAGCUGCUUCUUCACCAGCGCUCACAGUCACAUCUGGGACGGGAGCGGCCACAGGAGCUGCCACAGCAAUCGGAAUAUCGCCGCCUCCGGUUGUUGCCUGAGUGGGGGUUAUUCGUUAUUGUGGCAAAUGCACUUUAACGGACUUAUAGAAAGCGCCGGACGCGGGUUCAAAACACCCCUCCUAGGACUCCCAAGUCCGGUCCAAAUACCAGCUCCACCCUGUAAAAGCCAACAACGCAACCACACAUGCAUAGUAUUGAAGAAUGCCUGAAGGGAGACGAGAUGGGACAAGAGGAGUGAAUGUGAAUCAACUAAAUAUUGACUUAUUAUUAUAAUAUAUUUUAUUGUCAAUACAACGUACUAUUCUAAUGUUACUUAACGUUGCUACCUAAUGUUACAAACACACACACAUGACAAGCACACACAGCAUUCGGUGGACUGUAUACAUGUAUAACUGUUCUCAUAACGCCUGGACAGCCAGAAACUUUCGUAUUUCGCUCUUCGGCGAUUCCCUUUAAAUCAAUUUGUUCAAUUGUGAAUCAAUGUGCAUGAACAUCUGAUUCAAAUACAUCGAUGUCAAUGUUCUUGCAUAUUCAUACAUUUUAUUAUUAGCUUAACGGCGAAGGAGCUGCUGGAUUCAGACAGCUUUGCAGCAUCUGUAUACCUAACGUUUAAUUCAAUUUUUUUUAAAUUUAAAUAGUGUGUUAAAUGUUUGGCUAAAAUUUAUCCAUGUGUCUCAAAUGUGUCCACAUACGCACAAAUUUAUUAUUACCCUAACCCUUUGCUGAUUGUAUGAUUUUACAUAUAUGUGUACGCAAUACUCUUUGGUUUUGUAAUAUCUUAUCCGCCGAAUUUUUCAAGUUGUAUGUACGUGUCUAUCUAUAGGGAUAAGGAUUGUAAGCCCCGUUAGCAUUGUAAGUAGUUAAGUACAUACGUGAAGCAGAGCAAUCUCUUAUUCGGGAUGUUGGACUGCUUUUUUUUUAAGAUUUAAGUUUCGAUUAAUUCUGGUAGUGUGUAAGUCAUGAAAAAGUUGAGCUUCGUUCGAAGAGAAACCCGAGACGGUUGAGAGAGGAGUAACUCUGUAAUUUUAAUGGAUACAAAAAUGUAUUAUACAUGUAAUUAAUUCUAUCACAGGCGUACACACAGAUGCAAGCAAAUACAUGCGGAUAUAUUUGUAACUUUAAAGAGUAAGCAUAGAACAAGUACGAAAGUCAUGCAAAUCGACGACAAGUAGACGCAAAGCAGAAGCAAAAGAUUGAAAAGUUAAACAAUGUGUGAACUAAUUUUAGAUACAGUAUCUGCUGCGGGGGCAGCAGCAAUAGCGAUCGAUAAAUAAAUAGUUAGCAGUAAGCAUCAAGUCUACUUAAACAGAAGCGGAUACAGAUGCGUUGCGAUAUGUGUAUUCGGUAAAAAUCUACUUUUCCAUGAAAUGUAAUGCUUAAGUUUUUAUUAAGUGAAUAAUGAUUAGAUACAUCAGAGAAAGAGUUAUGUGUAAGUUGAAUAAAACAUCAGCAUUAACAUUAAAGCUAA